AUGCAACAUACAAGUGCUGGCGGAGGAUUCUUUUCCAAGAUAAAAGAGAACUAUAGCAGUAAAUUAGCAGGAUUAUCACUAGCUGGUGGACCCUAUGUUGAGAAAGAUGGCUCUUCAGAGGAUAACACACUAAUUCACAAUGCAUUCGUCAAGUAUUAUGACUCUAAAGGCUUACCCUACCCGGACUGGUUAGGCGUAAAGACAUUUCAAUCACAACAACAGCAACAACAGCAAGGAUACGGCAGAACUCAGCACCAACAAGAUUAUUCCCAAUCCAAAUACCAACCAGUACGUCAAGACAACACUUUUAACAAUAGUUAUAAUGCCAGACAAACACAACAGCAGCAACAGCAACAAUAUCAACAACAAACAAAUGGUUCUGAUAGACCCAACUCAGGUGGCUAUCAACGUUCUUCGAGUCGAUUACAAGACUUGUAUAACAAAUCUCGUCAACAAUCUAUACCAGGCCAGGGAUAUAAUACAAGUAACUCUUGGAGUCAUAAUCGUUAG